CGCCGCCUCGGCCCCUUCUGAUGCUGCGAGGAGGAGCCUGAAGCCUCGCCAGCGCUGUUAGAUAGAGCGGCGGCUCCUGCUGCUGCUAUUGGUAAUGGCUGCGGGGCUUGGCGAGGAAGUCUGAUGGGAGAGAGCGAGCUAGGCGCGCCUCUUCCCCACGCUACUCGCCUCGCUUCCCACAGGGAGCUCCCGGCACUACCCCAUGCGCGACGCGCUCUCCGGCUCUUUCCCCCCACUGUUUUAGGGACAGGGCCGGCUUCGGGCUUUGCGGCGCCGGGGCUGUUGCUGCUCUCGGCUUGAUACGCCCGGGAGGAUGCUGCGAGCUUUGGGGCUGGUUCCGAUCUCGUUGACCUUCGCUUGCAGGAGCCUCAGUUUUUCCUGAGAGAAAAGAGCCUCCGCGAGAGAAAGCUCGGGAGGCUUCGGGCAUUGCUUUUUUCGCCGCGAUCCGCUCCGGAGGAGGACUAUGGACUGAUCGCCGCUCCUUCUCUAGUCCUAUGGAGUCCCCGCCGGUAUUCGCGAGCACUUUGUGCCUGCUCUUCUGCCUGAGCUCAGUUUUCGGCAUUGGCGUGGACCCUUCGAUGCAGAUUGAUGUGCUGAGCGAGUUGCAAUUGGGGGACUCUGUGGCUGGAGUGCGGCAAGUUCCGGGACUGCACAACGGCAGCAAAGCGUUCUUCUUCCAAGGAACUGCAAGAAAUAUAAAAGUAUCUCCAGAGAAAGCUGAACUUUCUUUCCAGAAACUGAGAAAUAAACAUGAAUUUACCAUGUUGGUAUCUCUCAAACAAACUCUCUUAAAUUCAGGUGUUAUUUUUUCUAUUCAUCAUUUAGAUCACAGGUAUUUGGAACUAGAAAGCAGCGGCCAUAGAAAUGAAAUUAGAUUGCACUAUCGUUCAGAAAACCAUCGUUCACAUACAGAAAUAUUUCCUUACAGUUUGGCAGAUGACAAGUGGCACAGGCUGUCCUUAGCAAUCAGUGCAUCACAUUUGAUUUUGCAUGUAAACUGCAAUAAAAUAUAUGAGAGAGUGGUGGAAAAACCAUAUAUGGAUUUACCAGUUGGCACUACAUUUUGGUUGGGACAAAGGAAUAGCGCUCAUGGUUUUUUCAAGGGCAUAAUGCAAGAUGUGCAAUUUCUUAUCAUGCCUCAAGGAUUUAUCUCUCAGUGCCCAGAUCUUAAUCGCACAUGCCCAACGUGUAAUGACUUCCAUGGUCUUGUGCAGAAAAUAAUGGAGUUGCAGGAUAUUUUAGCCAAAACAUCUGCAAAGCUGUCCCAAGCUGAGCAGAGGAUGAAUAAAUUAGAUCAGUGCUAUUGUGAAAGAACCUGCACUAUGAAGGGCAUCAGUUACAGAGAAUUUGAAUCUUGGACAGAUGGCUGUAAGAACUGCACUUGCAUGAAUGGUUCUAUCCAAUGUGAAAGAUUGAUCUGCCCGAUUUUUGAUUGUCUUCCUAAUUCUGCACCUGGAUAUGUUGAUGGCAAGUGCUGCAAGGAAUGUCAAUCAAUCUGUGUGUUUGAAGGCAAAAUCUAUUUUGAAGGAGACAGACAAUCAGUAUAUUUAGACUCAGAGGUCUGUAUUCUGUUUGAAUGCAAGAAUUACAAAAUGCAACGUACAAUGGAGUCGAAUUGUCCUGCUCUGAACUGUCCUGAGCCUGAACAAAUAUCCUUAUCUAAAAGUUGUUGCAAACUUUGUAAAGGCCACGAUUUUUGCUCUGAAGGACAUAAGUGUUUAGAGAAUUCUUUUUGCAGAAAUGUUGAAGAAAAGUCAGUUUGUAGCUGCCGAGAUGGUUUCCGAUCUCUUCGAGAUGACAGUGUAUACUGUGAAGGUGAGAUCUUCGCUAAAAUGGACUUCCAGGAAUUUGAAGGAGGGGACUCUCUCCACACAGCCCCCCUUGAUGUAAACUGGGAUAUUGAUGAAUGUGCUGAAGGGAGACAUUACUGUCAGGAAAAUACUAUGUGUAUCAACACACCAGGAUCAUUUAUGUGUGUCUGCAAAACAGGUUACAUCAGAAUUGAUGACUACUCUUGUACAGAGCAUGAUGAAUGCCUCACCAACAAACAGGACUGUGAUGAAAAUGCAUUGUGUUUCAAUACUGUAGGAGGACAUAACUGUAUUUGCAAACCAGGUUAUACUGGAAAUGGUACCAUAUGCAAAGCCUUUUGCAAGGAUAGUUGUAGAAAUGGUGGAAUUUGCAUUGCCUCCAAUGUCUGUGCCUGUCCACAAGGAUUUACAGGCUCAAGCUGUGAAUCUGGCUGAUUGUUAGUCCAAAGUCUUGGCAGGCCUUGCUAAAAUAGUCCAUAAAUUAUUGAAGGUCUUCAGCAAUGUGAGCAGUAACGGCAGCAUAAUCAGUGAAGAGGAAAUCUCGUAAGCAUUUCAGCUGGACUUUGCUCUCAAUCUAGAAAGAUUAAAGAGUUUUCCAUCUGAUCUAGUCUGGAGAUAGAUACACUCUGUUGCAGUUCCAAAAGCAUGUUUCAGCAUGACAGCAAAAAAGAUCCCAAAUAAAGUUGGUACAAGGACACAGCAGUGCUUCACUCCACUUCGAAUGUCAAAGGAAUCUGAUGUUAAGCCAUCAAAAACCACAGUGCCUUUCAUUUCCUGUGAAAGGACCUAAUGAUGUUAAGGAGCUGAGGUGGACAUCCAAUCUUGGAGAGAAUUUUAUAAAGGCUAUCCCUACUAAUCAAGUCAAAAGCCUUUGUAAGAUCUAUGAAGGCUACGAAAGUGGCUGUCUUUGUUCCCUGCAUUUUUCCUGCAGCUGUCUAAGGGAAAAUACCAUGUCAGUAGUGGACCUGUUGGCUCGAAAUCCACACUGUGAUUCUGGAUAGACUCUCUCUGCAAGCACCUGGAGCCACUUCAGUAUGACUUGGGCAAGCAGUUUCCCUACGACACUAAGAAAAGAGAUACCAUGGUAGUUGUUACAAUCACCACUAUCGCCUUUGUUCUUAUACAAUGUGACAAUAUUUGCAUCCUUCAUGUCCUGUGGUACUCCACCUUCCCUCCAACAAAGACAGAAUAUUUCAUGCAAUUCAAUGGAGAUGUUCUCUUUGCAACCCAGCAGAACUUCGGCAGGGAUGUUAUCUUUCCCGGGUGCCUUGCCAGAGGCAAGGGAAUCCAGGACCACAUUUAGUUCUUCUAAAGUUGGUUCACUAUCAAGCUCCUCCAGGAUAGGCAGGCAGGCAGGCACUCAAUGUUAUUUAAUGCUUCUUCAGUUACCAUGUUUUCUCUGGAGUAUAACUCAGAGUAAUGUUGCACCCAGUGUGCCAUCUGCUGGGUUCGGUCCUGGAUAACCUCACCUGUAGCAGACUUCAGAAGGGCAGAUUUCUUCUGUGUUGGACCUAGGGCCUGCUUAAUGCCAUCAUACAUCCCCUUAAUGUUGCCUGUGUCAGCCUGGUUCCGUGAGCAAAGCAGCAGCCAAUAGUCAUUAGCACAUCUCCUAGCGAUCUGUUGCUUUUGCUACGAGCAGCUCGCAGAAACUGUAGGUUGCACUCACUGGAACAGGCUUUAUAUGCAAUUAGAGCUCUCCUUUUUUCCUCAAUGGCUGGCAUCAGCUUCUCCAAAUGGGCUUCAAACCAAUCUGCUGUCUUUCUGGUCUCCUUGCCAUAUACCAACAAGGCAGUGUUAUAAACAGCAUUCUUGAAAUAUUCCCAUCGUUCAGUUGCAUUUGCUUCAGCCGGGCCUGGGAAAGUUUCCUUGAGUGCUUGUGCAAAUUCCUCCACUUUGCCCUGAUUGUGGGUCUGGUUGAUGUGUAUGUUUAUCCAAACAUAUUAGAUUUAAACAAGGUGGUGAGGUAUUCGGAAUUAUUAGAUGAACAAAGAGACUUAAAAUCUGAUCAGGACUUAAAGAAUCAAGCAAUAAAAAUUGAUUGGUGGCCCUAUUUCCAAAUUAGAACAAGAUAUAAAAAAGACUUAGAACAAUAUGGCAUUUAUGGAAAACAAUUAGAACUUGAUAAAAUAUUAUUAGGGACAGGGGACAAAAUGAUUACCAAAACAUAAUUUUUUCCUAAGAUUUAAAAUGGAAGAAGAAAAUGUGAAGGAGACGAUGAUAAAUUGGGCCAGAAAUUUUGGAUACAGUAUUGAAUUAGACCAUUGGAAUAAAUUAUGGAAGAAAAAUGAUAAACUAACAAUGUCAGCCUCCUACAAGGAAAACCUCUAUAAAAUGUUCUACCAUUGGUAUUUACCACCAGCCAGAUUGGCCAAAAUGUUUCCAAACUGUUCACCGAAAUGCUGGAAAUGUGGUUAUAAACAGGGAACCUUCUACCACAUGUGGUGGAUAUGUCCCAAAGCCAGGAAGUAUUGGCAUAAGAUAAGGAAAUGUUGGAAGAAAUAACUGAACAAAAGAUCAAAUUGAUGCCGGAACUAUUUUUAUUGGGCACUUUAGAUGAGAAAAUGGGUAAAAAAUUUCAAUACAUAAUAUUACAUAUAUUAAUGGCAUCCAGAAUCGUCUUUGCGCAGAAUUGGAAACAGACUAAUAUUCCUUCAGAGGCUAUGAUAAUAAGAAAAGUAUAUGAGCGUACAGAAGUGGAUAGGCUGUCUAUGGAAAUGAAA